AUGUACACACAGACACAUGUACGUACAUACACACAAACACACACAUACACACAGACACAUGUACACACACAGAGACAUAUACAUACCCGCAGACACAUGUACAGAUACACACAUGUACACGUACACACACACACCACGCCCCCAUAAAAAGUUGCAGUACUUCGUUGUUCACUCACAGAGCCGGGUACUGCACUCUAGGGGGAGGCAGAGAGCACAGCACACACUCCUUCCUUUGCUUUCACUGCGCUCAGCUAUUUAGCAGUCUGAAGGCUCCCAGUGCCAAUGACAGAUCCGGCCUGAGCUCUGAGCCUGCUCAGCAAGAUGGCCCUGGGGGACACACUCGCCCCCACCAUAAUUUCCACUCGCCAUUGGCGAGGAUAUUUCAAGCCCUGGUAU